CUGUUCUCAUGACUAAGCAAAUGUUUGACUGAAACCAGCCCAUAUAAAUGUCACUGUGCCUCUAACUCUCUGUAGCCAUUCCUGAAUUUCUUUCAGCACUGGGAAAACCAGUCUGUGCACCAAAAAUGUCUAAAACUGGAACCAAGAUUACCUUCUAUGAAGACAAAAAUUUUCAAGGCCGUCGCUAUGACUGUGACUGCGACUGUGCAGAUUUCCACACAUACCUAAGUCGCUGCAACUCCAUUAAAGUGGAAGGAGGCACCUGGGCUGUUUACGAAAGGCCCAACUUUGCUGGGUACAUGUACAUCUUACCCCAGGGAGAGUACCCUGAAUACCAGCGUUGGAUGGGCCUCAAUGACCGCCUCAGCUCCUGCAGAGCUGUUCAUCUGCCUAGUGGAGGCCAGUAUAAGAUUCAGAUCUUUGAGAAAGGGGAUUUUAAUGGUCAGAUGUAUGAAACCACUGAAGAUUGCCCUUCCAUCAUGGAGCAAUUUCAUAUGCGAGAGAUCCACUCCUGUAAGGUGCUGGAGGGUGUCUGGAUUUUCUAUGAGCUACCCAACUACCGUGGCAGGCAGUACCUCCUGGACAAGAAGGAGUACCGGAAGCCCAUCGAUUGGGGUGCAGUUUCCCCAGCUGUCCAGUCUUUCCGCCGCAUUGUGGAGUAAUGACAUGAAUGGGGCCAUAUUCUUCCUGAGGCCCAAAUGCUGGCUGGGCUUGUGGUCCAAAUAGGCAUCAUCAAUAAAACAGUUGGCAUGCAUCCCACUGCUGACUAUAAUGCCUCUCCUUAAAUGCUUCUAGGGACCAGCAAUAUAAUGCUCGCCACAGUGGACAGUUACACUAAGCAACACAUCCACCAGAUCACUGAUCUAGAUCUUUGUGCCAAACAAAAUGAGAUCUCAUUAAAAGGUUAGAAAGUCA